AUGGAACCACCUCAAGAAAAUCAUCCUCGUAGUAAAUCGACCCACGUUCGACGCGUCAAACGUAAGAAAGCAAUCCUUAUCUCUCCAGAGCUUAAAGAUUAUCUGAUUGACUUGAAAGAUUUUCAAUUAGAAAAGAAAAUCGGUUCUGGAACAUUUGGAGAAGUUUGGCGUGCAAAGGGCAAUGAUGAAAAAGGCACGGCAGCUAUCAAGAUCUUGUUUAAUGAAGAACUUUCUAAAGCAGAAUUAAAACAUUUCUUAAUGGAAGUUGAGAUUCUUGUUCGUUGCCAAUCACGCUUUGUUAUUCCAUUUGUUGGCUUUACGAACACUUACCCAUACGCUGUUGCAACUAGAUUAGCAACCAACGGAAAUCUUGCCGACUUCAUUGGAAUUAUGAGGAAUCAGGGCAAGUAUCCAUCAACUAUCUUCCAAAGAAUAGCAAUUGGCAUCGCUGUUGGCAUGCAAUACCUUCAUAACCUCGGAAUUAUACAUCGUGACUUGAAACCGUCCAAUAUCUUGCUCAACAAAAACUACUUGCCAUUAAUUUGCGAUUUCGGUGUCUCCAGGAAUACUUUGUCCAAUGUUAUGACAAAAUGCACAGGAACUCCACAAUGGAUGGCUCCAGAGAUCGUCGCGGGAUCCGAAUACUCAUUAUCAGCAGAUAUAUUCUCUUAUGGCAUGAUUCUUUACGAGAUAGCAACUUUGACUCGUCCAUUUGAAGGCAUUCCAGUUUCCACAAUUUUACGCGAAGUCCUUAAGGGUACAAGACCAACUCUACCAACUAACAUACAUCCAGGCAUGAGAGAACUCAUUAUCCGCUGCUGGAUGUCAGAUCCAAGAUUAAGGCCUUCUUUCAAGGAAAUCAUCAACCUCCUUUGCGAUUUCAGAGCUGUUUUCCCAGGAUACAACGAGGCCAAGGUCAAUGAUUUCAUUUCUACCCUGCCUGCAGUUAGAAUCAUGAGACUCAACGAUUACAGUGAUGAUGAAACAAAGAUGGAUAUGUCAGAAAGUGUUGCAAGCACCGAUGAGGUGGAAUACGACUUCGAAAAGUUCUUGGCGCAUCCAAGAUUUAUCAAACAACCAAAGAUCGCUCAAUUCCUCUCAGAAGCAUCUCAAUUACUUCAGACAGCACCUUCUGAUGAGAAAUCCUCUCGUGUUGUGUCAGUUAUCAACCAAUUCCUCCUUGAUAAGAAAUUUGUUCCAAAUAUCAUCGAAUCGAACAUUUACAAAUACCUUCCAAUAUCAUUCUGUCGCGAGAAAUGUGUCAAAGUGCUCUGCAAACUCGUAGCUUUCACAGAUGAUCAGACAGAUUUGAUUAUUCAGCAAAUUCUCUUAUCAAUGAUCAACAAAUACCCAACAGAUAUCAUCAGCAUCUUAUACAAGGUCGCAAAACGUUCACGCGCAUCACCUGCUCUCAAGAUUCUCGUCAGUGACUGGAGAUUACUUAUUUAUGACAAUACGAAAGAGAAAUUCUUCGACUUACUACUCGCCAUUCUCGACGAAAACCCACUCUGGGACGAGAGAACACGCGGCAUGUUCCAAGAUAUGCUGGCAGAUUCAGAAGAUUACACAAUUAUUUCAUCAUCAUACGACGGAUUGUGCCUUACAAAGCAGUGGGAUGUCGAACUGAACCUCAAAUCCCUUCUCAAGCACCUUUCGACCGACGAAACUGUUGAAUCUACGCUUAAAUACCUAAAGAACGCAGAAAACUUCCCAAUCAACUCCAGAAUUAUCCAUGCAAUUAUCAAAGCGGCGAGAAUCUUCAAGAUCGCUAACAAAAUCCUCAUUUCUUUGUUUGACGAUUCUUAUGUCAUAAAUUACUUCAUCAACAACCCAGAUUGGAUCGAAUUUGACCUCCCUGACCAAUCAUCAACAGCCAAACUCAUGUCAAAGCUCGCAGAAGUCGCUCCAGAAAAAGCAUUUACAUUACCUUAUUUACCAACAUUCCUUGAGGUUAUUUCCGAGACAUUGCCAUCCAGUGCCAUUGCAACACUUUAUCCUUUGAAGCCGAACGACGAAUUCGUCGAAAAAAUUAAGAAUUCAAAGAUUGUCUCGAAUAUUGUUUUGAAAGACGAAGAUAGCACCGAACUGCUUAAUUUCAUCAAGGAUAAACCUGAAUACGCCAGCGUUCGCUUCGAGUUUGCUGCUCCAAAGUUAAUUCAACUCCUCAAGAACAAACAGACAAUGUUAUUGGCUGCAGAGGCACUUACAACGCUUUGUUCGAAGGACAAGAACGCUGCAAAGAUCCUUUCAAGGCAGAGAAUUGAUAAUGCUGCGAAAGAACUCAUCAAAUCAAAUCCACCGAACAAAGAGAAGCUGCAGGCACUUAUGGCAGUGUUGUAA